UCCCAACAAUGUUGAAAUUUCAAUAUACCAACUAAAAUAAUAGUAAUUGUUAAACAAGUAUAAGAAAAUGACGCACCUGGCAGACGGGGACAAGCCUCGUGCAGUUUUCAAGGAAAGCAGCAAGAUCUUUCGCCGCAACCGUGCAAUUGGCUACGUUAGCAACCAAGUGCCAGCCGUGACACGUUAUGUGCAACGUCGAAGAGAUACAUUGGUAAUUACUUGCAUUGGACGUUCCUAUCAAGUGUACGCAGCCAGUCACUUUCGCCUGCUGCAUGUAAGUGGGCUACAUCCGGACGACAUAACAGCUCUGGCCACCGACCGCUACCACACCUACACGGCAAGCAACAAAUGUAUCUAUGCCUGGCGUUCCGGCAAACAUGUACUGCACGUGUACCGCGGCCACCAGCAGAAUGUACAUCUGCUACUGCCGUUCGGCUCGCAUCUGAUAGCCGUCGAUACGGGCAAUGUGAUGAAAGUGUGGCAAAUUAACACCGAAAAGGUUUACCUUGAUAUGCCUUUCAACAACGAUGAAUUCCUGAUCACCGCACUGGCACACCCGCCGACCUAUAUCAACAAGGUGGUGCUCGGCUCGAGGCAAGGUCAGCUUAAGAUUGUGAACAUCAAGAAGAACAGCAUUCUCUGCACGCUGAGCCAUCAUAACAGUCGCGUGGUGUGUAUUGAACCCUCGCCGGCGUUGGACGUGGUGGCUGUUGGACAUGGAGAUGGCACCAUAAUGCUGCUAAAUUUAAAGUAUGAUGAAGUGCUGGUAGAAUUCAAGCAGAAUUGGGGAAAAGUCACCUCGUUAGCGUUCCGCACAGACGGUCCGCCCAUUUUGGUGUCUGCCAGCAGUAAUGGCCACAUGGCUUUAUGGAAUUUGGAGGACCGCAAGCUCAACGGCCAGUUUCAAGCGCACAUGGACCAAGUAACAACGGCUAUUUGUUUACCCAGCGAGCCAUUAAUGCUCACUACCUCGCCGGACAACUCGAUGAAGCUGUUCAUAUUCGAUCAGCUCGAUGGAGGUCCUCGGCAGCUGAGAGUGCGUGAGGGCCACACUGCGCCGCCACUCUGCAUUCGAUAUCACGGCAGCAGGGGUACCUCAAUCCUAUCCGCCGGAGAGGACUGUACGAUGCGUGUUUUCUCCACCAUAUCUGAGUCGCUAAAUAAGAGCAUGGGCAAAGCCACCUAUAAAAAAAACGCCACAAAAAAGAAGAAUCGCUUUCAAUAUGACAAAUACAUUAUGCCGCCCAUUGUGGAGUUUACUACGGAGACGACCCGCGAGAAGGAGUGGGACAACAUAGCCGCCAUUCACGCUGGCAUUAUACAGACGACAACGUGGUCGUUUAACAAGAAUCGCAUGGGCGAGCAUAGACUUGUGCCAAUGAAGUUUCAGAAUAAGAAUCGUGUCGAUUUUAAAAGCGAGACCACAUGUCUGACAUUGACACACUGCGGCAACUUUGUAAUUAUUGGUUAUAGCAGUGGCGACAUUGAGCGAUUUAACAUGCAGUCUGGUGUUCAUCGGGCUAGUUACGGAACGCCUGCGCACAAAGCUGCGGUGCGAGGGGUGGCAACCGAUAAUCUGAACCAAUACGUCGUGUCCGGGUGCAGCGAAGGCUUGGUUAAAUUCUGGGCGUUUAAAAUGAAAUUGUUCCAGACUUCAACAGUUCCAAUUAGUCAGUUGCGAUUGAUGGACGGCGUUGCGCUUAUGCGUCAUCAUCGAGAGAGCUCCAUGUUAGCCAUUGGAUUGGAAUCAUUUAAAGUGUACGUUGUGGACACGCACACGCGGGUGAUUGUGCGUAGGUUCAUCGGCCACACAGCAAAGCUGAACGACUUAACCUUCACGCCAGACGCGCGUUGGCUAAUCUCUUCUUCAAUGGAUUCGACUAUCAAGGUCUGGGAUAUACCGUCCUCCUAUAUGAUUGACCAUUUUCGCGUCGAACCUCCCUGUGUCUCCCUCAGCAUGUCGCCGAGCGGUGAUUUUCUGGCCACAGCGCACGUCAAUUUACUUGGCAUUUAUCUGUGGGCCAACAAAACCAUUUUCAAUCAAGUGUCGCUGCGGUCCAUUGAUCCAAACGAGCCUGCGCCAUAUGUAGGACUGCCAACUCACAUGUGUGAUGCCAUGCAGCUGGAAGAAGCGCUGCAGGACCUUAAUAUGGAUACGGAAGAUUCGGGGACGAAGUUGGGCGAGGAAAUCGAUGCCAAGUACGAGACACCGACCCAACUCAAUCCAGAUCUAAUUACACUUUCUGGUCUGGCGGCAUCGCGUUGGCAGAACCUGCUUGAUUUAGAUCUGAUCAAGAAACGCAACAAACCUAAAGCGCCUCCUAAGGCACCCAAACAGGCUCCGUUCUUUCUGCCCACGAUGUCUGGCUUGGAGCUUCGAUUUGAUGUAAGCAAGUCUUCUCCUGCUGAGGAUGCAUCCAAGGUACUGCAAGCGACCAACUUUAGCAAUUUGACCAGCUUUGGUAAGCUGCUUCAAGAGAGCGAACCCAAUAAUGAUUUCGAAGCAGCUAUUGCUCACUUAACCCAGCUGGGUCCAUCGAUGGUAGACUUCGAAAUAAAGUUGCUGCAUCCAGACAACGGCGGUACCAUGCGGAUCAUGCUGCAGUUCCUUAAGCUUAUUGUACACAUGUUUGGUACAAAUCUGAAUUUCGAGCUGGCGCAAUCAUAUUUAAGCGUCUUCCUGCGCACACAUGGCUUGGCACUUACCAAGCGACCAGAGCUAGUUCAAUCGCUUGAAAAUGUGUUGCGUGUGCAGGAGGAGGCAUGGAACCGAAUUGAAAGCAAGCUCGUCUAUGGCAUGGGGGUGGUGGCCGCAUUACGCAAUUUUGCGCGUUAAGUACGCAAUUUGCAAAAAAAAAAAAAAAAUAUAUUGUUAAUAAAAUUCUUACAAAUUUUAA